AUGGAACCUUUGAACAAUAAAUUAACAAUAAACGAAGUCAAAAAUGCUCUGGAUACAAUGUCUGCUAAUACUGCUUUUAUUGAAAAUGCAGCAACACAAGGUGAACGACCACUAGUUCGCCGAACAUCACGUAGUAUUUCUCGACGAAAAUUAACUAUUUUUGUUUCAGUAUCUGUUGCCAUCGUCAUUAUAAUAUUAGUCAUUAUAAUACCUAUUUUGGGUCUUCGAAAAAGUGAUUAG